AUGUGUGGUGCUUUACAGUCGCGGUGUCUGGGAUUAUUGAGAUCCGACUACUUGUUGGACGUUUGCAAUUCCACAUCCGUGAAACAAGUGGAAAUGAACACGAUCGCUUCGAGCUUUGCCGGUUUGACAUCUUCAGCCCCAACUCACAGAUUUGUAUUUCAACAGUUGGGUUUGUUGGACAAAUUGAGUGUGUUACCUGAGAAUAAUGCAUUACAAGGUCUGAGUUCAGCGAUCAUUAAAGCUUGGGAACUGUUCAACGAAAAAGAUUCAGUAAUCUUGGUGAUUAUUGAAAAUCAAUCUAUGAAUAUAUGCGACCAACGUUUUCACCAGUUUGAAAUUGCUCGUCAAAAACCAGAAGUCAAAGUCAUCGUCAAGACCCUGACACAGAUGUCCAAUGAAGCGACGUUAUCAGAUUCCAAAGGCCUAUUAGUACAAGGGAAAAAGGUUGCUGUUGUGUACUAUAGGGCUGGUUAUUCACCUGAUCAUUAUUUUGGCGAGGCUGAAUGGUCUGCACGCUUGAUGAUUGAACGUUCGACAGCUAUCAAAUGCCCGAAUAUUCAAUAUCAUUUGGCAGGAACUAAAAAAGUACAACAAGCUUUGGCGACUCCAGGAACACUAGAACGUUUUGUGAAAGACCCUAAAAAAGCUGCAGAAAUCCGAAAAGUGUUCACGGGAUUGUACGCCCUAGACUUGGACGAAAAUGGCGACAAAGCUGUUAAAAUGGCCUUAGAUGCUCCGGAUCGGUUUGUGUUGAAACCGCAAAGAGAAGGCGGGGGCAAUAAUUUGUACGGAGAGGAUAUCAGAAAAAAACUCAUGAGCUGCAUGGAAAACAAGGAACGAUCAGCUUGGAUUCUGAUGGACAAAAUAAAUCCGCCUGUCCAACAAAAUUACCUAAUUAGACCGAAUCAGGAUUUUGAGAAAAACUCUGCUCUAUGCGAAGUUGUUUCUGAGAUGGGCAUCUUUGGUACCAUAUUAUGUGACGGUGACGAGAUAUUGAUCAACGAACAAGUGGGACAUAUGAUGCGCACGAAACUGACAUCGUGCAAUGAGGGUGGUGUGCACGCUGGUGACGGUGUGUUGGACAGCCCAUUCCUCAUUGACGACUAG